AUGUAUCCUGUGGCUGCGAAGCGAAAUGAUGAAGAAUGUUCCGUAUUCAUGUUUGACAAGCGCGUCGUUGAUAAGUUGUACCGUCCGAAGCGAAAAGAACUGAUGCUGGACCGGCUGAAGGCUUGUAUCUACGAGCUGGAUAAGCUGCGACACCCACGCAUGCUUCAGAUUAUACAUCCACUGGAGGAGAGUCUGAACACUCUAGCGUUUGCCACUGAACGCAUCUAUGCUAGCCUGCACAACAUUUUAGCCUGGCAUGAGUCAUGUCCCAUCGAGCCGGAGGGGCCGUUCCCGGUUAUCCCGAACCCUCACUACCUGGGCCCACCCACGGUGCAACCGAUGCCCACCACCUCCACUGCUCGCCCCCCCUUCGCGAGGGAGUACCACUUCCUUGACCUCGAGAUUCGUCAUGGAUUUCAUCAGAUCUCUGAAGCACUGCAGUACAUGCAUUUAACAAUGAAGACGAUGCAUCGCAACGUUUGCCCAUAUAACGUGCUUGUGACGCAGCGAGGAGUGUGGAAACUAUUCGGCCUCGAAUUUGCAGAGCCAAUACCGAGUGACGACCCCCUGGACUUCUUGACGGUCCCGCAGUGGUCCUGCAAGGUGGCUAGGAUAUGCCAACCUCAUCUCGACUAUAUGGCGCCCGAAACCCAGAUGCGCGGCCACGCUAGUACCCUGGCCGAUAUGUACGCCCUGGGAAUGAUUCUUGCCGCCAUUUUCAAUCAGGGACGACCCCUCAUCAAUACGAAUUUUAACCCCAUACUGUACGUCAAACAGAUGGAGCAGCUGGACCGCAAUGUGGCUGCUCUGGUCAGCCGAGCCCCGGAUUGUCUCCACGAAGCCCUGCCUCGUCUGCUCGAUCGAGACCCACAAAACAGGCCCACGACCCAGCUUAUGCCGCUCAUCACGUACUUUAGAUGUGCAAAUGAGCCCUCCAUACAAGCGUUGGAGGCUUUAGACGCAGCUUUGUACAAGGACUCACGGUCGAGGUGUGAAUACUAUGUGGAACAGCUACCUCAGGCUCUCCAGCAUAUACCGAAGAAACUACGGUGGCAGAAUGUAUGGCCUGUACUACAAUCAGAGUUUAAAGUGUCUGAAAUGAUUCCGUCUGUACUUCGUCCAGUUUUUUGGCUUGUCAAUGAAUGCACGCCGGAGGAAUUUGAAACUGUCAUAUAUCCUACUGUCAGGAAAAUAAUAUAUUCACAAAGAGCUAUACCAAUCACAGUUGUACUAUUGGAGAACCUUCAUAUUUUAACAAAUAAAUGUGAUGAAGAUGUGGCUUUGAACGAUUUACUACCGAUGUUAUUUUAUUCCUUAGACUGCAACCUAUAUCAGACACAGAUUGCCGCACUUAUAGCACUGCAAAAUGUUUCCGAUGUGAUCCCAGAGAGCAUUAUCUAUGAAUCCGUUGUGGUCAAAGUAAAAAACCUCUUAGACAAGAACACAGGAGAUGUGAAAAUUAUCAAUCUCGUUCUCGGUGUGUUUGAAAAGAUUCUACCGAGGCUGGAUAACAGCAGUAUCCUCACUUAUGUAGUUCCGACUGUACUUAAUAUGCGGCUUGGUGAUCCAGAUGUCAUUAAUCGGAUAGUUCGUCUCUAUAGGGCCAUAAUCACUGAGGAGAAGUUCGGUCUGACUUGUGACGUUAUGGCUGCAGAUCUUAUACCAAAAUUGGCACCACAAUCAGUCAACCCGAAUCUUAAUGUUGAUCAGUUCAAUAACCUUAUUGAGAUCUUAUAUGAUAUGCUGGAGAAUAUUGAAGUGUACCAGCGACAGAGGCUCAAAGCUGAAGGAGCUUCAGCACCAGGUAGCAAUCGGCGAAUGAUAAGGCACCAAUUGAGUACAGAAAACGUGCCCGCUCCACCAUUUAAUAUUCCUAAUCUAAGGGUAGAACAGCGUAAGACCUCUAGCGCCGAAGACAUGGCAAGAAGAAACUCAGCAGCAACCGUUUCUCAACCAGCUAGCGUUUCCGGAAGUGUAAGCGCAUUAAGAAGCAGACUGGGCCAAUGGAUUUUUGGAUCUAAUAAUUCGACGAACAAUGACGGCAACUUCUUACGUGUUGCAAAUAUUUUGCCCAAUCGUCGUCUAUCCGAUAACACUUUAAUGACGCCUAAGAUACGUAUUGCGCCGUCUUGUGCGUCAUCGCCGGGAGGGACCCCAGGCACAGCCGGACUACCGAGUCGUCGACAUUCAAGUAUAGGGCCGCAGGAACGUCGUUUAUCGACAGCAAACUUGUCGCCGCCGACACACAAUCGCCAUCCAAGAGGGCGAGGUUCAGGCUCGAGCCUGUCUGUACCGUCUACUUCGAGAGUUGGUGUAAGUUGCAACCCGCGUAUUGCCUCAUCGUGCUCCUCAGUUAUAUUGAAUGUCGAACGGCUUAAGAUUUCUGUGGUCUCAACUUCGAUUCUUAUGCCCACAUUGACUGGGAGUGGUCAUCAUACCAUUAUCAUCUUCCACGUCACCGCACGCACUCCGUUGGCGUACUCAUACUGCGCCUCUUCAUCAACACACAUGACAUGCAACCUCUCUUGCCCUCCAUGA